AUGAGUUGUAAAGGAUAAUCAUCACUUAAAGGUUCUUUUAUUAAUCAGGGAAACACAGGACUUAACUCAAAAUACUAGAGCAUCACAAAUACUCCUAAAGAGCUCUAUUAAAAGAUUUAACAACAUAUCGUUGAAGACGGAUUAUAAAACUUUAAUUCGCAAUAAAAUUCAGCAAAAAAAUAUAAUCCCUUUAAAAGAGCUUAACCAUAAGUUUAGGUUGAAAACUUAGAAUCACCGUUAGCUUAAAAAUAAAAUCAAAACCCACAUAUUGAUGAUGCAAAAGUUAGACGUUAAAGAUAAGAUACAAUUCAUUAGAAAAACAAAGUCAAAAAUAAUUUCAAUUAGACUUAACUGGUUAGACCAAAUAGCUUUUUCAAUAGUGAAUAGUCAAACAAUAAUCUCAAUCAUCAAGAUCAAUUUCAGUAUUAAUAGAAUAUGUGCCAUUUAGAUGAACAAAACUAUUUAUACGAAAAUUAGAAGGGUAAACAGCUAGAGAAUUAUCAAUUGGAAAAUAUAAGAGUUGAAAAUCAUGAAUUUGAUGAAUCAAAGUCAUCAGCAGAUCUAUCUGAACAAGAUUUAUCCCCAAGGGAAUCUUACUUUUCUUAGCCAUCUCGAAAUAUUGAAAGUUAACUAUCAUAGAAUCAUUAACAGAGAUUGAAAAAUGACCUCGACUAUGAUUUUAGCAAUUACAGGUCUCCAGCAAAAAACAUAUCCACAAUCAAUAGCGAUGCCAUACAGAUAUAGAAUAUAAGUACAUAUGGCAGAGCAGAUACAGUCACUCUUGAUGAGCAUUUUUAGAAGUUUAGGCCAAAACCUUAGAAUCAUAGAAAUUACGAGAAGAAUCUCUAGAUAAUGACAGAUGACUUUAAAAAGAACUCUAGCACUUCAAUAGUUGAAUCCAUUUUUAAGGAUUAUGAUAAAUUUGACACUCCAAGUUUUACAGCCACUCACUAGACUAUUGAUUAUAAGCAGAGACAGGAUAGCAUCAUGAGUCAGAAUACAUCCCCAACUAGAGUUUAAUAAAACUAAAAAUUUGAGAGUUUAAUUACAAGCAAAAUAGAGCAUCUUGAGGAUGCAAUAAAAAUAAAGAGGAAACUGGAACAACGAAACAAAUAAUUAAGAACUAAAAUUCGUACAAAUUAGGAAGAUAGUUCUGCUUUAUAGAAGGUUCAUUAGGUGCAACUAGAUCAAUUCAAGGCUUAGAAUGCCAGCAAUAAUAAACUACUCUAGCUUAUUCAAAAGGUAAAAUAGCAAAUAGUCGAAGUCAGUUUGAGCUUGAUUGAAUAACGAGAAAAUACUUAAAAUGAGUUGAUCAAAUUAGAUGAGGAUCAAAUAAUUUAGAAACAUAAAUGCGAAUUAAUUAAAGAGCAGAUUAAACAAGAUAAAGAUUAUUAUAUGAGAGAUAUUGAUAUUUAAAAGUCUUAAGUGCAAUUGAUUAAUUCCCAAAUUGAGGAAAGAGAAAUUCAAAUACAAAAGUAUUAAGUCAAUAAAAGAUAGAAAUAAUAUAUAGAAAAUGAUAAGGUUAAAAUAGCCAUAAAUCAAAUGAAAAGAUUAGACAUAUAUGACAAAUUAUCAAAAUAGAUGAAUGCAUCUAAAUUCUGA